UGUAAAAAAAAAAAAACUCCUAUGGAACCUAUAUGUCGAGAAAAAGGCUAAAAGGCGCCCCUACUCGAUGGAAUGAAAUUAGUAAAACUAAGAUUGGACCAUGAUUUUCUACAUUGUACUGAUAUUCGGGUCAACUUGCACGAGAUAAUUCUAUCAUCAAUAUUUAAACAGAUAAAAAUAAUUAUCACCAACUAAAAAUGAAAAUCGCAUGGAAGAGAUACCGAAGAUUAAUGCAAACCUGGGCUUGGCCCUAAGCUACACCAAUAUCGUAGCACAAUUUCUGAUUUUUGUCCAUGGAUUUUUGCUUUUGAACUUGGAAAUAUUUAGAAUCAAGUAGUGGAUAUAAUUAACCUAACAAUUGCUUAUGGAUGUGUUUUUCGUUUUACAAAGACUUUGACGAAAAUCGAUUUCAAGACCCGACUUCUUCUUUCUGGUUUGUGCAAGCUGUGAAAGUAGAGUUCAUGGUUUUUGUGUGCUGAUUUUCGUUGUUGUGCUGCUGGUCCGCUGAUUUCUUCUUCGUUUUUUGAGGUCUGAAUUGCUAAUUGUUGCUGAAGCAUUUCGCUCUAUUUUGUUUUUCAGUCGAGCCGUUCUCGCUCUUGCUUCAAACAGAGCUUUUGAAACCCAAAUCACUUGGGAAGCCGCUACUGCCAAGUGCUAAAUAGUCUUCUUCUUCGGCAAACUCCUUGUGCGUUACAAAAGGUUCUUUUGCAUGUGAGGUAGAAUAAAUUGAAGUGGGAAUGGAGUGUGUGGUUCAGGGAAUUAUUGAGACUCAACAUGUUGAGGCCCUCGAAAUUCUGCUUCAAGGGCUUUGUGGUGUACAUAAACAAAGCUUAAGGAUCCAUGAACUGUGCCUUAAGAGUGUUCCAAACCUAGGCUUAGUAGCAUCAGAAAUACGUCUCUUAUGUGAUCUUGAGCAGCCGGAACCCACAUGGACUGUUCGACAUGUUGGUGGUCCGAUGAGAGGCACUGGUGCUGAACAAAUCUCAGUCUUGGUGAGACCGAUGAUAGAAAGCAAAAUAAGCAAGAAUGCAUUGCGCAUGUUUUAUGCACUUGGCUACAAGCUAGACCACGAGCAGCUGAGAGUUGGUUUUGCAUUCCAUUUCCAAAGAGGUGCCCAGAUAACUGUUACAGUUUCAUCCAUCAACAAGAUGUUGAAACUUCAUGCAACUGAUGAGGCAGUGCCUGUGACACCGGGCAUACAGCUAGUUGAAGUGACAGCACCUGCUUCAUCUGAAAAUUACACUGAAGUUGUUGCUGCUGUAUCGUCCUUCUGUGAAUAUCUUGCACCGCUCCUCCAUUUGUCAAAACCCGGUGUGUCAACAGGGGUUGUUCCUACUGCAGCUGCAGCAGCUGCAUCUCUCAUGUCGGAUGGCGGAGGCACAAAAAUGUAGUAUUAAUCCUUUGCAGCUAUUUCAUUUAUGUUCUUUUACAUUUUGGUUGCGGUCCUCAUUGCUGGAUAAGAGACCUCUUUUGCAAAAUGAUAGCCUCCUAUAAUUGUCGUUAAGAUGCUGAUCAAUACACAGUAAUGUUUUUGCAUAAAAUAGAGUUAUAGUAUCAACCAGCUUAGUUCAAUUAAGGGUGCAUGAAUCUUUUCUCUUUCGAUAAGUUCCUUGUUAUUGAUUUUGAUUCGUUUUUCUCCAAGGUAUUGAUCCUUUUAUUGUUUAUGUGUUGAUCUUCAUAUCACAUGGAGAUGAUCAGAUCAAUGGUGGUGGAACAUUUUUUUA